UCAUACUAAGCCAAGGAGGGUCGCAAAAAAUCAACAAACAAAAUUAUUUUUGUUUCUUUAAAGUUAAUUAAUACAUUAAACAUUUAAUGCAUUAAUCUAAAGACUUGCCAGCAUGAUUUGCCGCUUGUGCCUGAACAGUGUCAACGAUGCGGACACGCUGCAGAUCUUCGAAGGCCUGGGACUCUCCCUGAAUGUGGCGACGGUGCUAUCCAAACAUUUUUGGUUUGAGCCCAAAAGCGAUGAUCCCAUAUCCAAGGUGAUCUGUUUGAGGUGCUGGCAGCAAGUGAGCGACUUUCAUGAGUUCUAUGCGGCGGUGGAGAAGGCCCAUCGCUUGCUCACCGAACGCUUUUCCUUGAAAACCAGCCAGGAUCAGCCGAAGGUAGAGGUGGAAGAGCAGGAGGAAGAGGAAGAGGAGGAGGAUCUGCUGGAGUUCCAUGAGCAGGCGGAGGAUAUAGAGCUGCCGGGCAGCGAUAACGAGAGUGGUUCCUUUAGCAACGAGCAGUUCCUCAGCGAGGUCAUAGCCCAGCAAGAGAAUUCCAAGGACUUUAAGCCCUUGGAAGAGGAGUUUGCAAGGGAAUCUACAGAUUUAGAACUUAAGGAGGCGGAGGAGAAGGCUGCUCAACCUAUUGUAGCCCAAGAAGAACGGCGGGAAACCCGUUCUACAACCAAGAGUAAAGCCCUGCCGGCAGCAGAGCAGCCACAACCUCCCCCUAAACCUACCAAGCCAAGCAUUAAACCCCGAGCCAAGAGAAGCACCACCUGCAAGACCACCGCCAGCAAGCGCUAUGCCAACUACAAGCAAUGCAUGCUGGACAUUGAUGCCAAGAUCUCGGCCCACAUGCGUCUCACCUGUGAUGUGUGCCACGAGGGACAGGAGACCUUUCUACUCCUUUGCAAGCACAUGAUGCAGGCUCAUCAUCGCAAGGGCUAUGCCAUUUGCUGCAACAAGAAGUUCUACAAGCGUUCCUUUCUCACCGAUCACAUUGAUAGGCAUGCCGAUCCCGAGAAGUUCAAAUGCAGGCAAUGCGACAAGCGCUUUGCGGACAAGCAAUGCCUGCGGAAUCACGAGCUGUUGAAGCAUCAGCCGGAGGAGGAGAAGACCUUCAUGUGCGAGCAGUGCCCCAAGAGAUAUACAAAGCAGUAUCUGUUGGAUCAGCAUAGGGUUAUACACAAGGAGCGCAAUGUGGUGUGCGAUUUAUGCGAGAGGAGAUUUCCCAAUCAAUCCCUGCUCUGCACGCAUGUGAAAAUGGUCCAUGGCAACUAUGGCACCAUGUGCGACAUCUGUGCCCAGGUUAUACGCGGACGAGCAGCCUUCCAGCGCCAUCAACUAGAGCAUGCUGGGGUGACAGAGCCCAAGGUGCAGUGUGACAUUUGUGGAUCCUGGCAUAAAAAUAAACACAGCCUCAAGAAGCAUGUACGUCGACACAAUGGCUCAGCUGCCACCUGCGAUCUUUGCGGCAAGGUUUCACCCAACAGAAGUGCCAUGUUGAGCCAUCAGCGUUAUGUCCAUCUCACAGAUAGAAAGCACGAGUGUAGUGUGUGUGGCAAGGCCUUCAAAAAGGCCAUUACCUUAAAGGAGCACAUGACUAUGCACACGGGCGAGGUGCUCUACAAGUGUCCCCAUUGUCCCAAGACCUUCAAUUCGAAUGCCAAUCAGCACACACAUCGCAGGAAAUGCCAUCCCAAGGAGUUUGAAGAGGCCAGAAAGGCCAGAAGUGAGAAGAGAAAGGCCAUUGAGGAGGAGGAGGGAGAGGCCACUACCCACAUACUGACCAUAUCAGCGGAUGGCGAGGAGGCAACCCACAGGAUAUUGCUAACCAACAGCAAUGAGGAUCUCAAGGCGGAGACCAUCGAGUUCACUUUGUGUCUUAGUCCUCAAGCAGGAGAGUAA